AUGAUGACGAAGAUGCUUGUUAUCGGAUGAUCGAUGUGUCGAGCUUAGAAUGUGGUUUCGACAGUCAAGUAGCCAUCACGGUGGUCGAGCACGGAGCCCGCCCGCACCUUCCUAUCGUGGCUGGGAGCAUGAGCACCGACCGCUUUAGGAUCCAAGCGUUUGACACCCGGGCAGCAACGGCCAGUGGUGAGUGUGUAAUAUCUGUAAGCAGCAAUUCUCUUCCACUUUCUCGAUUUCGUCUGGGAUAUGUAGCUGGCUGUCUGCGCAACCGCUGUUACUCUUACGUCUUAGAAGGGCAGACCCUUGCUUACCUUAUAUAGCAUUCACGAAGCGUAGUGGC